AUGGCGCACUUAUUGAAUUUAGUUGUGGAUGGUGCCAUAAAAGAGAAUGCAAGGAUUUUAGAAUUGGCAAAUAGGGUGAAAACGAUUGUUACCUAUUUUAAACAAUCAGUGAAUGCAAUGGAUGAUUUGCGAGCAGAACAAGAGGGCCAGAAGAAAGAGGGACAAGUAUUGACGCUUAUCCAAUCUGUGAGUACUAGGUGGAAUUCCUGUUUGGAUAUGCUGGAGAGGUUCAGUGCGUUGUCAGCCAUUGUGGCUAAGAUUUUGGCCACAAGAAGAAACACACCUGACAUGGUAACAUCGGCAGAGUUAGGUGUUAUAAGGGACUUAAUUGUUCUGCUCACCCCAUUUAAACAAGCUACUGAGGAGGUUAGUGGAGAUCAGUACGUGACUGCUAGUUUAGCAAUUCCCAUUGCAAACUUACUGCAGAAAGGUUUGGAGCAGGUAAAACCUUCUUCAGAAUUAGGUUCUGCAAUGCAAAAAAGUUUGCAUAACUUGGUAAUUGCUAAACUAGAACCACUAGAGCGCAAUCCCUAUCUGUCAAAAGCAACGAUGUUGGACCCUCGUUUAAAGCGGAUUCAUUUCAAGUCAUCUGUUGCUGUUUCUACAGCUAUAUCGGAGUUGACCAGGGAAAUACGUGCUGAACACAGGCGCAGGGGGCAACUUUCCCCUGAACACACAACAACUACUGCAGUUUCGGACUCUGAAAAUUCUCCGCCAUCAUUGUGGUCUGGGUACGAAAAGAUUGUGACAGAUAUUGUUGCAGCUUCAGCUAGCACAAGUUCACAUGCAACAUCUUCUGGUGGUGGAUGCCUAGCGAACUGA